AUGGGUAAAGGAUUUCGAGCAGCCGACGGACUGACAGACCAAGACCUGGGCACUUUGGUCGAGGCGGCUUGUCUCCGUGCUGGUCUCACAGCAAACGUCCAUAUCCUCCUCAACGACAGCGGCGCGACUCUCAUCUCGCAAACCUACACACACCCAUCAACACGGUUUGGUCUGAUACUUGGCACGGGAGUCAACGUCGCGGGAUAUCUCCCUACACACCUUAUCAGCAAAGACAAGUUUGGCCAGAGACCAGAGGGAUGGCUGGAGGAGGCCCACAGCGUCAUCGUCAACGCUGAACUCAGCAUGUUUGGCCACGGCAUCUUGCCCAGGACACAAUGA